UGGUUAAUCUCCAUGUCGAUAAGCUUGUGUUGUGUUGGUUGUAGACAAGCUGACUUAAUUGUAAAAAAAUUUUGAAGCUUUAAAAUCACUGCUUGUUUCCAUAGUUUUGGCCUGCAGCAUUGGUUCGCUCAUUCAAAGAUGGAUGUUUAUAUGUAUAGUGUAUCAGUAACUAUAAGCUGGCAACUGCAUGCUUUGACACAGUAUCUGUGCUGGCACCAGGAACAACACUACAGCAACGUGUCCUUCAGGCUUGUUUCCACACGGGUGAAACCCUCGUGCUGAAAUGCAGCUCAGAGAAAGCAGAGGAAGAAUGAGAGAUGUGGCGGAGGAGGGUGUGGAGAGAGGCAGGACAGCAGAGGGAGGGUGCAAUGAAAGUUUUCAGCUAGGUCACCACCUCAGGUGCUGACACUGGGCAGCGAGCCUGAUCUCUAUAGCAAUGGGAUGUGAUUAGGGCUGUAUCUGGUAUCUCAUUUAAAAAACAAACUAUCUCUGAGAGACUGGCUUCCAGAGACUUUAGCAAAUAUGUGUGUGUGUUUAUAUGUGUGUGUGUGCUGGAGAACCUGUUGCAGCAGGUCCCUCUCCCAUGGCUCUGUGGCUCCUAUAGGUUGGCUCUGGGCCAGAGGGAGAGAUAUCUGUUAACACUCUUUCAGCUGAAACUUCAUCAGCACAGUGAGAGAGUACGAGAACAAGAACGAGAGAGACGAAGAGAGAGAGCAAGAGCAAGGAGCUUUAUGAAGGGGGCGUUCAUGUUUGUGGGUGUGUAUGCGCAUGAUAUGCUUAUUAUGGGAUGACUUGUAUGAAAGUCUGAAUGGAAGAAGCUUUGAGGAGGGUGCUCGGUGGAAAUAAGGAGCAGCACUGGGGACUGAUGUCUACUGAGCCAUUUCCACCAGCAGUCAGCGGCAGCCCAACAAAGAGCUUACAAGGUGCCCUACUGGUGACCUCCUGCCCGCAAAUGCCACUGUCCCAGUGUCCAAAACCCAGCAUUGCAGAAGGCUCUGUCAGCAGCUCUCAGAGAGACAGUAUCCCCUACAUGCUAAAGAAUGGUGCUGCAGAGCGCUUCCGCAGACACAGUGUGGAUGGGAGCUCUUUGGUUCAGGAGCAUGACUCCGGCAAAGACAAGCGCUUUCACCCAUACAGCAGGCAGUACAGCGAUGGAGCAGCUGCCGGAGCUGGAGCAGCCUACUGCUGUCUCAGAGAGUGCCAACUGCCUGAUUCACUCACUCCAGUCCUCAACAGCACCAUGGAGGAAGAAGAGCAGAAUGCCUGGACUCCCUUCAGCACCACUGUGCAGCCGUCCUUGUUUAUGGGGGCAGAACAGAGUCCUGCUGACAUGCAAACCAUGCCUGAGGAGCCACCCAGUUAUUCAUCAUCUACCCACAGCACAUACAGCACCCUCCAACAACCGUUUUCAGGCGAAUACUCAUCUGGAGGACUAGUGGGCAAUUCACACUUCUCUUACCAAAACUUCUCUUCACAAACCAGUCAGGAGGGUCCAGUCCAGCCCCUCUACCCCAAACCCAUCUACUCCUAUAGCAUUCUCAUUUUCAUGGCUCUGAGGAACAGCAGGACUGGCAGUCUGCCAGUGAGUGAAAUCUACAGCUUCAUGACGGAACAUUUUCCCUACUUCAAGACAGCACCUGAUGGUUGGAAGAACUCUGUCCGCCACAACCUCUCCCUCAACAAAUGCUUUGAGAAAGUGGAGAAUAAGAAUGGGAGCUCCUCUCGUAAGGGCUGCCUGUGGGCCCUCAACCCUGCCAAGGUGGAGAAAAUGCAGGAGGAGCUGCAUAAGUGGAGGAGGAAAGACCCAGUGACGGUGCGCAGGAGCAUGGCCAGACCAGAGGAGCUAGAUCACCUUCUUGGGGAAAGACCAGAGAAACUGAAGUCUCUCUCUACUCACCUCAAUAACCACACAUACCCUCAGUUCUCAAGAGUCAGCAUGCCACCCUCCUACAGUUCCAGGACCCCCCUUAGGCGACCCCACUACAGUCACUAUGGUUUACCUUCACAAACUCUCUCCCAGCAGCACCCCUACCUGCCCUCCAACCCCCAAGCCUUCUCCUUCUACCCCUCUAUCACUCAGCAGCCCAGCACAAGGCUGCCCCCCAGAACAGGCAGCCUGGACUCUCCUUUACCCGCCCACACCCCACCCAGCUACAGCUCUGCCCUGCAGGCCAGCCACAGUGCUGCAGGGAGCAUGCAGGAGCUGCUGAUGGAUGGAGAACUGAGCAAUGACAUCGACACACUCAACCCCAGUCUAACAGACCUGCAGCUCCAGGGACAUCUCUGGGAGGAGCUGAGAAAUGACAGCUUGGCUCCGGACUCUCUGGUAGUCAUGGACACGUCCACCUCCCCUGGCCAGAUCAGCCCCAACCAGGCUGGGGAUUGUGUUGAGAGUUGUGGCUCAGGCAGUGGUGAAGUGAGCACAACUGGGUCAGAAACACGGCUGCAGGCCACUGGACUCUACACAUCCAGCUUCAGCAGUGCAGACAGCAUGGCAGGCCUUCAUUCCACCUCAGUAAACACUCCAAUUCCACUGUUAUGAAGAGGUGCUACUUUCAUCAGAGGACUCUACCAUAUCCUCUGCUCAACUUCCUAACCUGGAUCUACAGUUAGUAUCUAAAUUCCUAAUGAACAUAUGUGAACUAGUAAAACACUGGAUGAAAUAAGGUGCUUGAUUUAAAACCUUGAUUUUUUUUUUUGAUAAUUUUACACAUUUUUAAAAUUUUAGACUUAGGCAAUGCAAUGUUUUUACAAGCUUUAUGUGUCAUUACUUCAGUCUGCCAUUGAAAAUGCUGCAUAAUCUCAUAUAAGGUUUAGAUGCCCCAAUCAGAGGAUGUUUACAUCCAAUUACUAACACUGACUUCGGAAUCUGCAAGAAAAGAACUACCAUUUUACUCCACAGGGGAGCAGUAAAGCACUUCUCUGACAUGGAAUCAGUGCCAAUUCAGCCAAAGAGGCACAACAUGUACCAACACAGCUUAUGUCAACAACACUGAAGUGGUCUGUGGGUUCCCAUGAUAUAUUAUGAUGGUAGAUGCCCUUGGGAUAUCACUGAAGGAAAUGGUCCAGUUUUUUUAAAGGGGAAUUACAUGUGUACAAUGACUAAAAAGCUAAUCCACAGCAAUUAAUCGGCGCACCUUGGAAAUGUAUAUUAGGGCUGAAUGUAAAUUAAACGUUGUUGGUGCUUGCACUUUUCUUUGAUCAUUUCCAACUCUUCAGGGUACAAGAAAACAUAUUUAUAAGGAAAAACAUUUAUUUCAAGAAUGUAGACUGAAAUUGACAAUAUUGAUAAACAUGUAAUAAUCACUAUUAUGUAUAGACUACAUAAUGUUCAAUAUAGUUAUCUCUCUAACAUGGUUUUGACCAGCACGGCUAUUAAAAAUAUACUUCAGACAAAGGUUUUUAUAUGAAUAUAAAUAAUCACAAGUUUGCAAUCAAAAAUCAAUCAAACCAUGAAUAUGUUAAGUAAAAAAGUGUCUAACGGCAGAGGGUUAAACUCUGCAUCCUGCGUCAGCAAGGUACUUCUGCUUCUUGUAAUGUGCAUAUAGAGAGCUCAUUCUUUUGGACCCCAAAACAGAAGUACAGUAAAAUAUCUCUUGAAAUCUUAAUAACUGGUACCUCUUUGACUUUUGCACAGUACUAUAUCCAUACAGUGGCAAACAAAAG